AUGCUACAGCGCGAAACCCGUCAGAACGUGGAACACUACAAACGACUGAGAACGCAGCAAACCCGGAUCUUCAAGAGCAAGAAGCGUCGCUUCGAGGAGUCCGACGAACAACUCAUGGAACAGCUAUCUCAGUCGGGGAAAUCUCGCCAGUUCUAUAAGAUGUUGAAGAAGACAAAAGGUGGCUUCACGUCAAACGUCGCAAUGUGUCGAGACGAGGAGGGCAAUAUUCUUACGGACGAGCGAGAGAAAUGCCGAGAGCACCAGAACCAGACGCAUCAUCCCUUCAUCGACUUCAAGGCGGCCUACGAUACCAUAGACCGGACUGAGCUAUGGAACACCAUGCAGCAGUACGGUUUCCCUGGAAAGCUGGUACACCUGUUGAGGGCCACGAUGGAUGGGGUGCUGUGCAAGAACCUACCAGAGCUUCAAAAAUUGGAUUUAGCCUACAAUUCCCUCGAAUCAUUUGAUUUCAUCAUCCUUGAUCAGGUUGGCUCACUAACAUCGUUGGAAGUGGAUGUUAGCCAUAACAUGAUAAGCACGCUUGGUACAAUAGAGAAUAGCACGGAUAAAUCGAGUUAUUUCAAUGACGAACAUAUGCAACCUACUAUUUACUCUAAUAUCCGCUCAUUAGAUUUUUCUAAUAACAACAUAUCAAAAAUCUUGCCUGGUUAUUUUCGUCCAUCCGCAUUGUCUCUGAUGAACCUUGUUUUGAGCCAUAAUAAGUUAUCCAGUAUAAAAAGAGAAGUAUUUGAGAGCCUAUCGCAACUAAACUGUUUGGAUUUUUCUAAUAAUGUUAUUAGUGAGAUCGAAUACGAUACCCUGCACAACAUGCAAAAUCUUCAAAUAUUUAAAUUAUCUCACAAUAUUCUAUCAGAUGUACCAGCAGAAAUUUUUCGCAGUUCUAUCAGAUUGCGUGUACUCGAAUUAGAUCACAAUAAUUUAAAAUAUUUGCCUGAUAACCUUCUGUUCAGUAAUGGUCUAGAACGGCUGAAUGUCUCUCAUAACCUACUUACUAAAAUUCCAGUUUCUUCUAUGUCCAAUAUGGCAGCGAUGACUUUGUGUGAAUUAGAUUUAAGUCACAAUCUCAUUGAAGCUGUGCAUAUCAAUGAUUUAAGCAACAAAUUCCGGUCAUUAGCCUGGCUGGAUUUGUCGCACAAUCAACUUCUGCGAGUGGAAGAUGCUACCUUUGUCAGUUUGCCUCGGUUAUCUAUACUUAAUCUUUCUCACAAUAAUAAACUCAAAAUAAUGGAAAAAGCUUUCGUAGGACUUCAAGACAGCCUGUUAGAAUUGAUAUUAACAAACAUUAGACUUACAAACGUACCCGAGCUUUCAAAUCCUACUUUAAGGUCAUUGAAAAUUUCUCACAACGUAUUAACAUCAAUUCCUCCUGAAUUAGCUGCCAACAUUACAUCACUGAGAGAACUUGAUUUAUCUGAAAACGAUCUAACGAAUGUUCCUUUAAUAACACAUUCACUAACCAACUUGAAAUCUCUGUCUCUUUCUGGUAACCCUAUUACUUCGCUUUUCAACACUAGUUUUGCUGGAACUUACGACACAUUGGAAUAUUUGGACAUUUCGAAUCUCAAUAUAAACUAUUUUGAGUUUGGUAUACUGAAUAAACUGCGUUAUCUGCGUUCUCUUAAAAUUUCAACAUUUCCAUCUUUUCCUAACUUCAAUAUUCCUAGAAUCAUUCAAAAUGUCAAAAACCUUCGAGAGAUCUGGAUAGAAGCUGCAAAAUCUACUAAUUCAUCGAUUGAUAGAAUAAAAACACCUAGUGCUGCCUCAAAGCAGGCAAAACCUGAUGCAUAUGCAAUGACAGAUUUACAUCGUGAAAUGGAGGGUAUACUGCCACGUAAACUUCAAAGUAUAAUAUUUGGUGGAGGAGGAUUCAAUAGACUCUCUGAUUCGUUGUUGAAAGGAUUUCAAUCAGCAACGUUACGAUUUCGUCUACAUAACACAUCUAUCGUUGCUCUUCCAGAAAACUUUUUCCUAAACGUAGGAAAACAUGUUCGCGCUAUAUCGGUUUCUAUAGAUAACGAUAACAAUGAGCUGCAAAGCAUUCCUAAUCCUAACACAGCUCCCUAUCUUGCUUUACCAGAGCAUAUCUUUUUGACGAAACUUCAAAUAAGUGGUAUAAUUCUAAAUUGCGACUGUAAAAUAGGCUGGAUUGAAUUUUGGCAGCGAAAACGUCGACAAUACCUAUGCCCGGCAAAUCCUUCAGCUGAGACAAGUUUUACAAACAUAUUAAAGCACUCUUCGUUAUUGACCUUCGUAGAGAGAUCUGAUUGUAGUGAUUCAGCAAAUGAACUUCGUCGAACUUUGUGUCGCAAUAAGAAUAAUGAUACAUUACUUGAUGUGCUCAAGAAAGAUUUGGAAUGUGGUUGGGGAAGUUCAUCACACCGACUGGGAAUUGUUCCAGCCACCACCUUUGUGUUGGUAUUUGUUGUUUUGCUCUUUUGACUGAUGCAAUAUCUUUUUCGAAUGUAUAGUGAAUUUUAUGACUAUCUUGAGCAGCUAUAUAAUGAACAGUCGAACCAAGUAAAUAGUUCAGUUACUUUCAGAAAAUAUUUAGAAGAUACUUACGACAGUGGCCUCGAGA